AGGCUCCCUCCCCCUCCCGCCGCAGCCGCGGCGCAGCUAGUCUCAGUGUAAACAAGUGGAGGCGGCUGCGAACCCGGGCCGGGGAGGGGGGACGGCGCCCACCAGGAGCGCCCCCCACUCCCAGACUAGGCCACCCCGCGGACCAGACCCCCGCGCGCCCAGGCGAGGUGAGGUCCGUGCCGCCACCCCACCAACGAGGACUGCUCCCUUUCCCCAGGCGCCUGCCCCCCCCCACGCCCCAGGCACUGGGCUCCCUCUGCUCCCCGUGGGCUGCUCCCCGCGUGGGGCCACUGCCCUUGGCCCCCGCCAUGGUUCGGAUUUCAAAGCCCAAGACGUUUCAGGCCUACUUGGAUGAUUGUCACCGAAGGUACAGCUGUGCCCACUGCCGGGCUCACCUGGCCAACCACGACGACCUCAUCUCCAAGUCUUUCCAGGGCAGUCAGGGGCGCGCCUACCUCUUCAACUCUGUGACCUUCCCUGGGACUGCCCCAUGUCCCUGCAGGGUAAACGUGGGCUGCGGGCCAGCCGAGGAGCGGGUGCUGCUGACUGGCCUUCAUGCUGUUGCCGACAUCCACUGCGAGAACUGCAAGACUACUUUGGGCUGGAAAUAUGAGCAGGCUUUUGAGAGCAGCCAGAAGUACAAAGAAGGGAAGUACAUCAUUGAACUCAACCAUAUGAUUAAAGACAACGGCUGGGAUUGACUCCUUCGCCCCACGCAUGUGGCUCCAGCCUGGCCUGGUCGCCAGGGAUGCCACCGGCUUCCUUCUACCUGGAGGGAGCUCUGAACCCUCAGGGCCCCUUGCAGAGGAAGGAUCCCGCACCUGUACAUAUAUUUUAUUGCAUGCAUGGUGACCUUGGGGGCAGAUCAGAAGGACGACAACCCCUGCACCACCCUGCGAUCUGGCUGGCUUGGAUCUCAUUUUGAACCCUUUCCUGCCCCGCCUGCCCCAUGGUAUGGCCUUUGUGCUGCUCUCUUGACCCCAGUACACUGUCUGCCUUGUGAACUCUCCUCCCACCCGGCCCUUCUUACCCCACGUGUGUCUGUUCCCUUUGUUCUGUAGCAUUUGUACAUAAUAAAACAAUGGAGUGCAGACA